AUGAGAUGGAGUUUGGUUCAUUGGGGGAUUCUUCUAUCACCUGCGUUUGUACUAGUCACUGAUGAUGCUGAGAUGGGAUUCGAGAAGAUUGUUAAGAAUGCUUACUCUCGCGGGGAUAUAUCAUUGAACUCAAUGGCAGAAUCUACUCCGAUGGAAAUUCAGUCUUCAACUGUAACCGGGCCAAUGCCGGCUAAGCCAAUCUUUAAGCCGUUGAAAGCUCAUGAAAUGUCUAAUGGGAAAGUUCAGUUCAGAAAGGUAUCCGUCCCAUCAAACCGGUACACUCCUCUCAAGAAAGCUUGGUUAGAUAUCUACACACCGGUCUAUGAUCAGAUGAAAAUCGACAUCAGGAUGAAUCGAUUUUUCUUUUAA